GAGAGACCGAUUCGAUUCCGUCUCUAAGGAAACCUCUCUCUCUCUCUCUCUCUCUCUCUCUCUGCCUCUCCUUCGUCGCAAAGCUUAAAUGGAAUCGACAAUAUUAUCCCGUCUUCUGAUGUAAUAUCUUCCCACGAGAGCUUAAGUGGUACUGGUGGAGGUUUCAAGCAUCUCUUGUGUAUGUAUGUAAUGAUUCGAUUGAAAGAUCCUCUCUUUGACUCAAAUGAAUGAUCCUGUUAUGUUCGAAUCAAAAUUCAACAGUUGUUGUUGCUGUUGAGGUGUUUUGUUCAAUCAAUCAUCAACGAAAUGGAACACCCUUUUGCUUCUAGAGAGAAAGGUUUUGGUUAUCAAGACAUUCCUACAGAACAACAAAUGGAUGGUUUAAGCUUUGGUCCUCAUGAUAUGCUCAACUCAUCUUCAUCAUCUGAGCUAAUGAACUUCGACUCUUUCUCUACAUGGUUCAAUACCCCUUCCCCUACUGAUCUCUUGUUCUCUCAAUACGGUCUAUCCACUUCUUCUCAUCCACCUGAGACGAGAGCUGGCCUCACUCGUUCCUUCCAUGAUCUGGAAAGCUCUUACCAUACUGAAGAAAGAUCAACGAGCUCUCAGAUUCAUUGCUCAUUAGAUAUCAACGAGUUAAGCGGUAAACGACGCAGGGUUAGUAACCAGACUAUCCCCAGGUCUUUGAGCCACUCGUUAGAUGAGAAGAUGCUCAAAGCACUAAGCUUAUUCAUAGAGUCCUCAUCAGGUUCAGGAGAAGGCAUCUUAGCUCAAAUCUGGACUCCCAUCAAGGCAGGAGACCAGUACAUUCUCAGUACAUGCGACCAAGCCUAUCUGCUUGACCCGAGGCUUUCUCAGUACCGUGAAGCGUCGAGGAAAUUCACUUUUGCUUCCAAACCAAAUCAAUGUUCUUCUUCUCCUGGUCUCCCUGGACGAGUCUUUAUCUCAGGAGUACGCGAAUGGACAUCAAACGUGAGGUAUUACAAGAGGGAUGAGUAUCUGCGUAUGAAGCAUGCGGUAGAUAACGAAGUCCGUGGCUCCAUUGCGAUACCUAUCCUUGAAGAAGCGUCUGGGACGUCUUGUUGCGCUGUCAUGGAGCUCGUCACGUCCAAGGAGAAACAUGAUUUUGAUGUGGAGAUGGAGUCUGUUUGCCGUGCUCUUCAGGCUGUGAACUUAAGGACUUCAUCGAUCCCUCGACCUCAGUACCUUUCAAGUAACCAAAGAGAGGCCUUGGCUGAAAUAAAAGAUGUUUUACGAGCAGUAUGUCAUGCGCACAAGUUGCCUUUAGCUCUAGCCUGGCUUCCUUGUAAUAAUGGACCAAACUCAUUAGUUCUUUGCGUGGAGGAGACGGCUUGUUAUGUGAAUGAUAUGGAGAUGGAAGGCUUUGUCCACGCUUGUGUGGAGCAUUGUCUAAGAGAGAAGGAAGGAAUUGUAGGCAAAGCUUUUGUAUCAAACCAUCCGUUCUUUGCUUCUGAUGUGAAGGCGUGUGACAUCGGCGAGUAUCCUCUUGUUCAUCAUGCUAGAAAGUACGGUUUGAAUGCUGCUGUUGCUAUAAAGCUGAGGAGUACUCACACCGGUGAAGAUGAUUACAUACUUGAACUUUUCUUGCCGGUAAGUAUGAGAGGAAGCUUGGAACAACAGCUUCUAUUGGAUAGCCUUUCGGGUACGAUGCAGAGGAUUUGUCGAACUCUGAGAACUGUUUCAGAUGUGGGGGUGACUAAAAGGAGUGGAGAGAUAUCUACAUGUUCAAGAAGCUUUCAGACAAUAGUAUUAGAUUGUGAACUUAACUCUAACUCCUCUGAUAAAGAUAACAGUAGUACAGGAUCUCAAGGCACGUUUGAGCAGGAUAAGAGCAAAGCUAGAACGCCAGAGAAGAAGAAAAGCACAACAGAGAAGAAUGUGACCUUAAGUGUUCUCCAACAACAUUUCUCUGGGAGUCUAAAGGAUGCUGCAAAAAGCCUUGGUGUUUGUCCCACUACAUUAAAACGGAUAUGCAGACAGCAUGGGAUCAUGAGGUGGCCGUCUCGUAAGAUUAACAAAGUGAACAGGUCAUUAAGGAAAAUACAGACGGUGCUCGACUCUGUCCAGGGUGUAGAAGGAGGACUGAGGUUUGACUCAGCAACGGGAGAGUUUGUUGCAGCUGGCCCUACCCCAAAAGAUCCAUCUUCUAAUGAUGACAAUGCAUGUGAAGAUACCUCCUUUGAGCUCUUGAAAGCUAAAUCAGUCGGCAAUGCAGUUAAGUUAGAGGAUGACAUCAUUACAAACGAUUCAUUCAUGGAUGCUAGUGGUCAACAAUGUGAUUGGAUGGCUGAACAGUCUGGCUUCAAUGGCAAGUUAAGCUCUCCGGUUACAGAUGGCAUGGAAACAACAAUUCGAUCCAUGUCAGAUUCAUCUAAUAGCUCAGGCGCAGUUAUGAUGGGAAGCUCAUCUACUUCCAUGGACAAUGGGAACCAAACGAGAACCCACGGCGAAAGUGGAUCAACAACGCUCACUGUAAAGGCUACUUAUAGAGAAGACACAAUACGUUUCAAGUUCGAGUCAUCAGUUGGGUGUUCUCAGCUCUACAAAGAAGUUGGUAAAAGGCUUAAACUGCAAGAGGGGUCGUUUCAGCUGAAGUACUUGGAUGAUGAAGAAGAAUGGGUGUUGAUGGUUACAGAUUCUGAUCUCCAAGAAUGCUUGGAGAUAUUAUAUGGUAUGGGGAAACACACGGUGAAGUUCCUCGUUAGAGAUUUACCUGCUCCUAUAGGUAGUUCUGGUGGCAGCAACGGUUACUUAGGCACAGGUUUAUAAUAUCUACUGCUUACUUAUGCUUUCCCCUGUGAAAGAAUCUUCAUAUAUUAGUUUGCUUGUAAAGAAAGGCAUGAUGGAGAAAGACAAUUUUGAUACUGUAUAUGUUUAUUGUCUUAUAUAAAUCAGAAAAUAAAAAGUUGGAUGUCUAAUCU